AUGUUCUUGGUCAAAAUACACCCUAUAUUGGUAAAAGGCCAUGCAGCCAUAGACUUGGGGUUUCUUGAGGAACUCUUCAAUAAUGAGACCUUACAAGAAACAGAAGAAUGUGGAGUGAUUGAACCAUUGGCAUCCCGACGAGUAUUCUGUGAACGAGAUCACCCACAAGGUCCAGGUCGAUUAGAACAUAUACAAUGCGAUGUUAUGUUUAAUGCCUUAGUACCUGUGGACAUCAAUGAAUGUCCAUAUAUACUAUUUACAUCCCAUGGUAUACACAAGCAUCCUCCACCUCCACCUACUAAGCCUCCAGAACGAAUUCUGCAAGGAAUUAAGCAGAUGAUUGAACAAAUACGGGAUCCAAGCUUGACUACAGCACAAUUUCUUCGGAGCCCUCAGCUUGAGGCUUUUUGUGAGCAAUAUAAUACUUCAACUCUUGCUGAGAUUCACAUAAGCUUUUGCAACAAGGAUCGUAUAUCUGCAAUUCUGCAGAAACAACGCCUGUUAGCCUAUCCUAAUGGUCAGGAUAUCGAUGGGGUCAUAUUUCUUCAGCAGUCUAAUCAACAUAUUAAGGAUUACAUUCAGGAGACAUAUCAUGACUCAGAAGGCACUAUGGUUAUAUGUGCUUAUAGGGAGCAAAUCCAGCUCCUAGCUCAACUAUCCUCAUUUGAAGUAGAUAUGUCUUAUAAGCGAAUUCGGACCAAAGACAUAAACGAGGUGCUUUUUGCAACAUUCUUGCCUGACCAGUGCAAAGUUAUCACCUUGCUGCGUGUUUUUACUAGUGAUGACUCUACGCGGGGUUAUUACCUCCUUUUUAAACGAGUCUUUACCCUUGUCCAGAAGCUUACCCAGACACCAGUACUUUUUGAUCCUAUACAUGGUUCUGGAAUAUAUGGUAUUAUUAUGGACAUGGAUAGCAAACUAUAUACUGGUCUUGGUCAAUAUCUUUCUGAAGUUGACCCCCAGCGCCGAGAUAUAACAUGGCAGCUAGAACGUAUAAUUGUUUUCUGCCAAGUCCACUUCCAGCGCUCGAUUCUAAAGGCUAUUGGAACACGAAGUCAUGGAACACCUCUUUGGGGUCUGAUGAUGAGCUUGCUGGAUUGUAACUCUGAGGUUGAGUAUGACGAGCUGCUUGAGCUGCUUAUAGAAAAUGAAGCUGCCGCAGUGCGAGAUUGGGCAGUGCAGAAAAAAAGCUCCAUUAUUAAAGCAGGGCUAAAUAAAGCAUGUUCCAAGAUUCAGCCUUAUCACUUUAGUGAAUUGCGCAACUAUACAAAUGCUGUGAAGCAGGCUCAACAAAAGUCAAAUGCCACCUGCAAAUAUUUAACGUUAGUGGAGGCUAUCACAAAUUCUGCCAAAUUAGACCAGUCAGACAUUCUCCAAUAUCAGAACCUUACGCGGUUCAAUAUUCACCACUCAUAUCGGACGUCAGAAAUGGAAGAUAAUUACCUUCGUCACAUGAGCCGCGAAGAGUCACGUUCGCGAUAUCCUAGGCAGAAUAGCGGUGAUGAUGGAUCAGUUCGAUCCUCACAGAAUCUUCGACGUACUGCCUCUGAAGAUGCUUUGACUUUAGAACAACGACGUCAGGAAUUGGAGCUCCGAAAACUGGAAGCAGACAUUAGAAAGCAAGAAUUAGACAUUAGAAAGCAAGAAGCAGAUAUUAAACAGCAGGAAGUGGACAUUCGCCUGCAACAACUUAAGAAUGACCAGUUGGAGCUUGAUCUUAUGGAGCGGAGAGCAAGGAUACAGGACCUGCAAGCAAUUACUGGCUGGUUGAUUAACAAUUUCCAUUUCUGA